CACUUUCUGUCGUCUUCACGUGCUCUAGAAUGGUAUCAUCCGUGCAGUCAGGCGUGAAUGGAAAAACAAACAAAACUCUUUCUUUCGUCAAGAUUGCAUUUACAGCAUUGCUGCUCUAUGUCUCACCUUGGGUAGAGGGCUUUGGUCGACAGCAGGGCUAUGGACAACAGCAACAACAGUCCUUCUUUAGUCAACAACAAAAGCCUUUUGGCCAACAGCAGCAGUCCUUUGGUCAACAGAAUGGCUACCAGCAGUCAGGAAGUGUCGGAUCCCAAAAUAAUUUUGGACCUCCUCAACCUUUUGAUUUUAACUACGAAGCUAAAGAUGAAUUCGGCAAUUCACACUAUCGUCAAGAACAAGGAGAUCAAAACGGGAACGUAUACGGAAGUUACGGAUACACUGAUGCUAAUGGACUCUUUCGUUACGUAGAGUACAGUUCUGGUCCAGGUGGCUUCAAUGCUAAAAUCCACACCAAUGAACCAGGCACAAAAGCUGACAAUCCUGCCGAUGUUGUUUUGAACGUAGAGCAGCCUCCUGCUGGAAUCCAAGAUCAAUAUACACGAAGAACACAAAGCGGUGGAUAUCAGAAUACACAGCAGCAACAGUCAUAUGGUGGCCAAUAUCAAACAGGUGGAGGAUCUCGUGGUUUCUCAGGGUUUACCGGAUCCCGUGGCCGAUUUAACUCCCAGCACUCAGGGGGUUCCCGAGGAUCUGGAGUAAAACACGCUGGAUAUGCUUAAUAAAGAUAACCAAACUUACGGAUGGCCAAUUUAUAUGUUAAAUAAGGUUAUCUUUCAGAAAUAUUUUUUGAGUUUAUAAAGAAAGGGUAAUAUUUGGUAGUAAAUAGUAGAUUAUUGUACUUUUUUUAGUUUUGAACUCGGAUGAAAUAUAUUCAGGAUAUUAGCUUUAAAAGUUGAUAUAUUUCAUCUAGAAAAGUGUUAAGCACUUCUUAAAGCUUAUAUAAAAUUAGCAGUAGGGUGUAAAGUAUUCUUUCGAGAGUAACUAAACCGUCAGAAAAUGCAAAAACCCUUUAGCUUAAGAAUAGCCACUCUUCUAUCUGGAACACCAUAGCAAUAUCAUGUUGCCAAAGAAGUUAUUUAAAAUUUGGUUGACUUAUUUUGCAUAAGACAAAAUAACACCCUGGAAAUCUAUAUGUAGGUAUGCAAGUUUUGCGUAUUCCAAGUCUUUCAGUGUGUUACAGCUUGUCUCAUUUCAAUGUUCUUUUAGUCUGAAGAUAGUAUGACACAAAGCUUCGUGGGUGUGGGAUAAAAAGCUUAAUUAUGUAACUGUGAUGCCUUUUUCUAUUGUUUAUUUUUCCUUCACUAAUGAUAGUUCAAUCUUUGGGUUUCUAUGCGCACAUAUAAACGCCAAAAU